AUCAAUGGACACGUUCUUCAUCUCUGAAGCUUACAGAGAAAGAAAAUACAGAGAAGAAGAAGAAAGUGACGAAUCCGUUUGAAUUUGUUCGUUCUCGAAGUUGAUUAAUGGCCGAAUUCGGUAAUCAAUGAAGCGUAAUCAACCAAUUUGAUCGCCAUUGCCAACAAUCUCUCUCUCUCUCACAAGAAUCUCAGCAAAAAGCUUGCGCAGUUCACAGGACUUGAGAAUCAAAAGCGGAAAAAGUUUAAUGGAUACUGUUUCUUCUUCACCUUCAUCAUCAUCUUCGCCAUUGAAGCGAUCUACCGGACAGAUUCUGGACGGUUCAGAAAUUAUGGAGUUGGUUGCCAAUAAACACGUCUUCUCCUCUUUUGUCGACCAUAAGUUUCAUGAGCUCGACACCGACAAAGACGGCAAGCUUUCUCUCAAAGAGCUUCAUCCUGCCGUCGCCGACAUUGGUGCUGCUCUUGGCCUUCCUCCUCAAGGCACUUCCCAUGAUUCCGAUAACAUUUACUCUGAGGUAUUGAGUGAAUUUACACAUGGAUCAAGAGAAAAGGUAAGCAAGACCGAGUUCAAAGCAGUUCUCUCUGAUUUUCUGCUAGGCAUGGCUGCCGGGUUGAAGCGAGAUCCUAUCGUUAUACUUCGGAUUGAUGGAGAAGACCUUCUUGAAUUCAUCAAUGGCCCUGCGUAUGAGCCUGAGAUGGUCGCCACUUUUUCACAAAUUGAGCUACCUGAAGGAUCUCUUCGUGAUUACAUUGUUAAAGCUUUUGAAUAUCUUACUGUGGAACAAGGGAUGCCUCCUCUUUCAGACCCCUGGGUUAUGAGCGAUAUUGUCGAACCAGCUCUGGAAUUCUGUGCUGCAGCUGAGAAUUGGGACAAGCCUGUCUCGCCAGAGACGUUGUUGGAAUUCAAGAGAGCGGCGGAGCAUGUGGCUCAACGCCUUAAAGAACAGCCUGUUAUUGUUGCUCACAGUGAAAACACCUUUGAUGGAAGUAGCAUAAGAAGAUUGAUAUCCAACAAAUUCGAACUUGACAAGUCACUUAACACGGCACUUCAGAGUGUCCCAAAAGAUAAAAAUGGGAAAUUGCCAAAGGAACAUCUGCAGUUGGCGCUGGAUUUGGUUGCUCCAUUAGCCGGUCUACCACCGCUCGGUGCCCUCGACGAGAUGGACAAGCUGCUUGUUGGUGUAUUCAAGAUGGUAGACCCGGACGACAGGAAGGCGGUUAAAGAAGACGAGUUCAAGAAACUAUUAACUGAGAUUCUGGGGGCAGUCAUGUUGCAGUUGGAAGGUAAUCCAAUCUCAGUUUCUUCUAGUUCUGUUGUGCAUGAGCCUCUAGCCUGUUCUUCUUCACUUUUGACACCAUCCUCUUAGUAAACAUAUUGAGCAGAGCUGUUCUAGGGUAAAAAAUGAUACUCCUUUGAAUGAAUGUAUGCAUCAGAUUUGUUGUAUUAUAUUAUAAAAGAUACUUUUAUAUGUA